CCGUGGGUGCGGCAGCAGCGGCUCCCGUGGGGGCGGGACCGGCACCCACCCGGCGCGGCCCGGGCAGCGCUGCGCGGCCGGAGGCGGCGGGGGCGGCCGCUCGGCCCGGAGGUGCCGGUGAGCGGGACGCUGCGGUGCAAGUGCCCUGUUGCUGCCUGUGAAAGUGGUACAACAUGGCUUACAGUGUGACUCUGAAUGGACCUGGACCGUGGGGCUUCAGACUGCAAGGGGGCAAGGACUUCAACAUGCCCUUGACCAUCUCCAGAAUCACCCCUGGCAGCAAGGCAGCACAGUCACAGAUGAACCAGGGGGACCUUGUCGUGGCCAUUGAUGGAGUCAACACUGACAGCAUGACCCACCUGGAGGCCCAGAACAAGAUCAAAUCAGCCAGCCACAACCUGAGCCUCACUCUGCAGAAAUCUAAACGUCCAGUGCCAGUUUCAACCACAGCUCCCAGAAUUGACUCUCCCAGGGCUGUAAUUCCCCAUCAGAAGGAACCUGCUUGGGAAAUCAAUGGCAACAGAACAACAUUCAACCCUCUAACUAACACGGCGACUGGGCCUAUGGGUAGUGUUUUAGCAACCAAUGGAACCUUUUCAGGCUACCUCAACCAGCAAGAGAUCAGCCUUUCAAAUAGCUCUUCCUACCUAAAGACUACCACAGUUAGAUCUUCCAUGUCCUCUCAGUCUGUGACUCCUGACAUUUCACCUGCCAAGAGCUCGUUAGGUUCCAAAGCAAGCCCAGCUUUGGCUGGUGGCAGUAGCCCUGCUCGCCAGCCGAGCCCUGCAAGGCAGUAUAACAACCCCAUUGGCCUUUACUCGGCAGAGACCCUGAGGGAAAUGGCUGAGAUGCAUAAAUUGAGUCUCAACCGAAGGGCUUCGGAAGGUGGACUUCCUAGAGGCACCCUCCCUAUAAAGGAUCCUCAUGUAGAUAGUGCCUCUCCAGUGUAUCAGGCUGUGCUUAAAACUCAGAACAAGCCUGAGGAUGACAGUGAGGACUGGAGCCGUCGCUCUGCCAACCUGCAGUCCAAGUCCUUCCGCAUCCUUGCCCAGAUGACUGGAACUGAGUACAUGCAAGAUCCAGAUGAAGAAGCCCUGAGGAGGUCAAGAGACAAGGAAAACCUUGCAGCAGCAUCAGAAAACAGGCCUGCAGGUACCGCGCAUGCGCCCCAGUAUGUGACCUCGAGUAUUUGGCAUCCUCCUAAGUCAUCCACCAGGGAUGCCAACACUGCCAAUGCUCAGCCAGUGGCCUCCAAGGGGUCUGUGAGGCUUGGAGCAGGUACAAGCCAGGGGGAGGCCGGUGUUGGCCAGAAAGCCCCUCUUGCUUCAUCCAGUAACCAAAGUACCCCUGUUGAGCAUGCCCCGGUGGCUCCCAGUUCUGCUGCUCCUGCACCACAUGCUUCAGCACCUCAGCCUGCUACUGCUGCUCCAAACCCAGCCAGCCCGAUGGCAGCACCAGCCACCGCCUCAGUAGUGCAAGAGUCUUUCUCAUCCUCCUUCCAAAGUUUCAACCGGCAUUCUUCCACCUCCAUCAGCUACCAGUCAAAGCAGAGAAACACAACCCAGUCAUAUACACCAAUGCCAGUUUCUGGAGGCUACAGUGAAAGUCCUGCUCCUUCUGCUGCUUCAAAAAUGAGAGUUGUUACUACUGCCAGCAUAAAGCCCUCUGUCUACCAGCCAGCGCCAGCACCAGCACCAGUCCAUUCCUACACCCCUGCCAACACGGAGCCUGCGAGUCGCCCUCCCUGGGUAACAGAUGACUCCUUUUCCCAGAAAUUUGCACCUGGAAAAUCCACCACCACUGUCACAAAGCACAUCCUGCCAAGGGGUGCUCCAGUGCUCUCCCCUGCCACAAUUCCUGCUUACCCGUCUCCAGUUUCAAGUUCUUCCCAGCCCCCUGCACUAGCCCGGGGAACAGUGCAGAGGGCGGAGCGUUUUCCAGCCAGCAGCCGAACUCCUCUCUGCGGGCACUGUAACAGCAUCAUUCGAGGUCCUUUCCUGGUAGCCAUGGGUCGCUCUUGGCACCCAGAAGAAUUCAAUUGUGCUUACUGCAAGACAUCCUUGGCUGAUAUGUGCUUUGUGGAGGAGCAGAACAGUGUGUACUGUGAGCGCUGCUACGAACAGUUCUUCGCACCGACCUGUGCCAGGUGCCACACUAAGAUUAUGGGGGAAGUGAUGCAUGCCCUAAGACAGACUUGGCACACGAGUUGCUUUGUCUGUGCUGCUUGUAAGAAGCCAUUUGGGAAUAGCCUGUUCCACAUGGAGGAUGGGGAGCCUUACUGUGAGAAAGAUUAUAUUGCUUUGUUCAGCACAAAAUGUCAUGGCUGUGAUUAUCCUGUUGAAGCUGGAGAUAAAUUCAUUGAAGCUCUUGGACACACUUGGCAUGACACCUGCUUCAUUUGUGCUGUGUGCCAUGUGAAUUUGGAAGGUCAGCCAUUCUUCUCCAAGAAGGACAAGCCACUGUGCAAGAAGCAUGCCCAUGCCAUCAAUGUUUAAAGGAAGAGUUGGUAGUCAGUAAUGCUGGGGUAAAACAGAUGACUAACUGGGCAAUCAUAAAGUUGAUAACCAUGGCUAGCACUUCUCUCGGUAAAAGCUAGACGUUGGUACUUCUCAAGUUUAACUUUAUCCUCUUUCAUAAACGCAGAACGUGCUUUUUGUGAAGUUUAUACAAAAACCUAUUGAAUGAGCACUCAAAACCAAAUGAACUCAUGAACUAGUCCAUUAUUAUAGCAACAGUUGGGGGAAAUAUUGAAAUUAACUAAAAACCUUAUUAUAAAAGGUAAUGUGCAAAUAUAGUUUCAAGUUAACUACCCACAGCAGUUUUACUGCUUAGACCACACACUGGUGUUUAAAAACAACUGGAAAAAUACUUCUGUAUUAAGUCAUUUUCUUUCACAGCAAGAAUGAGUAAGUGCCAUAUGUACAGUCAUCUGUAGAACCAAAGGCUGUAGCUUUCAAAGGGAAAUAAAUAGAUUAGGGCUUCCUCUAGGAAAAGUGAGUGCUGUUCCAUUAUCUUGUGGUGCUACACCAUAGCAUCAGAUAUUUUAGAUUCUUUCCAAAUAACAAGUCUGCCUUGAAUCCAUAUGUAGCUGGGAAGCCUAGGUGACAAUCCAUAACAGUUUGAAAAUAAAAUGGUUGGGUCAGCCUUGCUAGUGCACUUGGCUUCAAUGUGCACAGUAGAUAAUUCACUUUCAAAUCAUAAUGGAAAAGGACAACUGGCUUUCUCCAAAUUGCUCUUAUAUUGAAUGGAAUAGAGCUGACUAGAAAGGCCAUCUUUUAAUUCAAAACCAGUUUUCCUUUCCUCCUGCAGAAAAAAAAAAAGAGAUUCAAUCUUGCUUUGGUUUCUAAUUCCCACUGAUAUUAGAGGGAGGUAGGAACCUACAUCUGGACCUUCACACUAGUGAACACAGAAGAAACACAUCCAUCUAGCACAGCUAGGUUGUGGGAGAUAGUUUGCAAAAAUUCUCUCCUCUAUCCCACAUAAUUAGGAAAAAGGCUUUUUUUUCUUACAGUAAAUGAAUGUGUAUCAAAAAUCCGUAAGGCAGCAGGCACAUACUCUUUAUUCCUUUCCUUACUUUAAAUGCAGCACAUCAUGAAUUGUAGCAGUAAUUGCCAUUGGAAAACAGUAGCUAUGUUCCAACAAUUAGGAUAACCAUACAGUCAUCUUUUCUAAUAACCAUCCAGGCAUCUGUCCUAAUAGCUUAAGAACAACUUUCAAGUUGUUCAGACAGUUAUUUAUAAAACUCUUUUUUUCAAAUAAGCAAUGCUUGUACUACUGAUAAUAAUUUUGAAUUUUUGAAUAUCAGUGACUUUUAUAUUGGAGACAGCAGUUCUGUCUGAUGGAGUUAAGAUGGAAAGUCUGAUCACCAUUCAACCUUUAUUAACUCAUUUAAGUGAGAAUUAUGGUGUGUGUGUUGACAGCUUGCAGUACUGACAGUUUUGAAUUAGUACUUCUGAGGCUGAGGAUGCUUUCUGUGGGCCACAUGCUGGUGCCAUCUGCACCUAUUUUACCUUGUGUUCUGAGUAGCAAAAAAUUACAUUGUCUGUCUUGUCCCUCCCGUGAGUGAUGCCCAUUUCAUUUGUAUGUCUUUUAAGGGAUGAAAAACUAUCCAAAGCUUGGGGGAGGAAUAAAUGAAAUUUGGAGUUCUAAAAUAAGAGUUAAGUUAGCUGCAGGCAGUCUGCAUCAUGGAGAAAUCAGAAAAUAACCACCUGAACUGCCUGUGGCAGUUUUGAAAUGUAUGACCUGUAUUUAUUCAGUAGGUAUCUUAGUUUUCACUGAUCUUAGCAGUGAUCUGAUCUGAGUUGUUACAGGGUCAGAUUUUUGUAUGCAUGAAUUAUUCUAAAACACUAGUACAUUAUAUGCAAAGCCUUUUUUUGUUUGUUUGUUUUGGAUUUUUUUCUGUAAGCAAGCAAAUUUUCUGUUUUCAGUCGGUGCUGGGCUGGUGUGAAUAUGGUCCCAUAGAUUACAAACUCCAAAGAUCUGGCUCAUAAAUCAUAAUUAUGGAAGUUAAAUAUUUUUUCCGCUUCUAUUUGACUUCAUUAAAUACAUAUUCACAACAGUGAGAAAAUUCUACAUUUCCUUUUCAUUUCUCAGUGCCAUUCAACAAAAUGCUGUUUAUUAUUAUCUGUUAUUUGAGAGAAUUCACAUCAGCAUACUCUAUCCUGAGACUGCAUUGAAGAUAUUCUUUAGGCAGAUUUGUGUCAGUGUUGGCCACUGACUGGGACUAAUCUCUGACUGCAACAUCAGAACAGGGAGUCAGGCUCCAUGGGAAGGGCUUGUGAUGGAUGCCUCGGGAGAAUUUCACGAGGUCUUUCCCCUCUGAUCUGCAUGUGUUUAUAUGUGUGUGUCACUCUCCCCUCCACCUUCCCCCUCAAUGUCCCUCUAAGCUCCCUCUUCACUGGCACCACGGAGGAUACAUCAUUUUAGGGUGUGGCCGGAGCUGUGGGGCUGCAGUCAGGGAGUGCAGUCGGUGGAGAGCUGCGGGCAGGCAGCGUGGCUGGGCUGCAGCUCCUCACGGCCCCUGCAGGUACCGCCUGGGGCUGCCAGGGCGGGCAGGGGAGCGGAGGCUGGCACCGCACAGCGAGCACCUGAGGCUGCCACAGCGCAGGGGCUCUGCGGCCUCUGGUUGAGUGGGAAAGAUGGGGGGCCCUUCCUGAGGCUGGGGUUGGAGCAGGGAAUAGCCAGGUAAGGGCAGUUCCACCACGCUGGCAUGUCAGAGUUGGGUGGGGCAGGGGAGGCUGGCUGGGGGCAGCCAGGAUCACUACAGCCAGGGAGAGGGCUUCAAGUGAGAAAUUAGGGUGCAAGUAGCUCGCCAUAGCCCAGAGAGAUGGUUUGGAUACGUACAGAGGGGUGAGCAAGGAUCCAGUGUGGCACAUCUGAAGUCUGGGCUGCAGGAGAGGGAAUGCAGUGUGUGUGAGCAGAGCUGAGCUGGCUUGCAGGGUGGCAGCAGCGCAGACUUCAGUGGGAGCUGUACUGGCUUGAGAGAGUCCUGAAAAGUUCCUUGGGCAGAGAACCUGCACUGUAGCACAUGCCCUGGCUCCAGCUGGUGUCUGAGCAAGAGAGAUUAAAGCUAGUUUACAUAUCACUCUAUGAGGUACAGCGAUAUCUCUGAGUGAAGAACAGAGAUACCCUGAGGAUUAUCAUGUAAUAAAAAUUUCCUGUUAUGACUUGUGCUGCUUCAUAAUGUGGUCCAAAAAUAGGGAAUCCACGUACCUGCCCCUGAUAUCUAUAUUAAGAUAUAAUUUUUGCACAUAUCUGAACCAGAAAUUUGUGAAUAAUAAUGUAGCAUUUUAACUUUCACAGGGGUAGAAUACCACAUAACUGCUGAUACUCUUCUGCUGUGUCACAUUUGUGAUAUGGAGAGGGUAAAUGCUUAUAUAUAUAAUAAUAUAUAUCUCUAAAAUUCAAAAUAUGACCUUUUAACUAUCAUGGAAAAUAAUGUUGUACAAAAAUAUACAAGAUGAAUAAUGUGUACUUGAUUAUGUUUCAUGUCUUGUAAGAGAUGCCUGAGAUAAGUCCUAAGUUCUUCUGAAUAUUUCUUUUCAUUCUAAUUAACGUGAGUUUUUACCCAAUAAAACAAAGGUACUGUACCUCUGAAUGACCAAUUUAAAAGAUCAGUCUUUUGUCUAACUAAAAAGUGUUCAAUAACUUUUCAGUCAAAGGAUUCAAAAGCUGUUUUUAAUGCUUUUCUCUCUUUUGAUGUUCUUUUUGCAGAAUGAGGCAAAUUAAAUGUUUCCAAAUAAGGCUACUUUUAUUACCUGGACAAAAAAAAAAACAGUUUUAGGACCUUUUUUUCAUUAGUCUUCACUACAUUGGAUUCACACAUUUUACAAUUCUCAAUUCAAAAACCAAUUCAAGACAAGGAAAAGUAUUUUUCCAUUGGUCCUUCAGUGGUCAGUACUUUGGGUGAAAUGUUUUGCUGAAGAUUACUUGUAUUUAUGUUUAAUAAUGUGAAUGUCCACAGCACUGAACACAUUCAUUAGUGUCUAAUGCUGGGCACAUUAAUGUUUUUUUUUGCAAUACUCAUAUCCUGGUAGUGGAUAUUACAGUGUUUAGUAUUUAUAAACAUCAGAAUUUGAAACUGAGUGAUUUAUUGCCUGCAGUGAUCAUAUAUUAGAAGUCUAGGUUUUGUAAUAUUUUGACAUGUUGCCUUGAUGCCACAAGUGCCCUUGCUUUUAGAUAGAUAUUUUUUCCUGAGUUCCUAGUUAUUUCAGAACAGAAUGUCUGGUGGUUUAUGAGAUGUGAGUAAUUACCUUGCAUGGAUUAUCUGUGCAAACAUGAAUAAAACAGUCUAGUAAUAAAAGCAAUGUGCAAAAACAGUUAAACUUUAUGAUUUGGGUAUAUUUAUGAAUAUGCCAUGUGAACAGUUGACAGCUUUCAGCCAUGUAAUAUCAGUAAGAAAGCAUACACAAGCUUGUACUCUCUCCUGCAGACCUGAAAAUAAAAAUUAAAACCAUUGGUUUCA